AUGCCUCCCAAGAAGAAUUCCGAGGCUGGCGCCGUAGCCGCAGGCCUCGACCUCACCGACUCCGAGAUCAAGCUCAUGUUCGGCAUGAUGGAGAUCAUGACCCGCCCUUCCAUCGACUACGACGCUCUCGCUGCCAAUCUCGGCUCCGCCAGCGCCAACGCCGCCCGCACCCGCGUUGCUACUGCUAUCAAGCAGCACCCGACUUGGUUCACCGGCCCCGGUGGUGCCUCUGCCACUGGCGAGGGCUUCUCUGCUGCUAGCAAUGACGGUAGCACCCCCGUCAAGAAGCCUCGUGUCAAGCGCACCUCGAAGAAGAAGGCGCCUUCCGAUGCGGAGGAUGGCGAGAAUGCCGGGGAGCAGGGCACGCCUUCCAAGAAAAAGGCCCGAAUUGCCAAGGUCAAGGAGGAACAGGAGGAUGAUACUAAGGAGGGUAUCAAGCCGAAGCUGGAGAAGACUGAGAUCGUUGAUGGCCAGAUCUGA